UAUGGCAGUUCUUAAGUGACUCUUUCAAUGUUUCUCCGGAGGCGGAAUCGACAAAUUUACGAUGAUAAUGAUGAUCGCAUGCACACCCGCUCGGGAUGUUUAGCAUGCCGUGACUCUGUCCAUGUGAUUGGCGUUCCUCGCGUUCCUGCAAUCCCUGUACGUGUAUGUUAAUCGGACGGAGCUAGCAGGCUCGAGCUCCAUUCCCGGACCAUCUGCGAGCACGUCUCUUACUCAUCUACCACCAUGAGCAUGAUCGUUCCCAGUCGUACGCUCCGCCAUCUUGUUCGCGCUCGAGCUUUCUCCACUGCUCGACCUCCCCGCCUCAGACGACUGGGACGCGUGCUAGUGCUUUCCAGCGCGUUGACCACCUCCGCACUGGGCUGCGCAUUCUACACUGAUGCUUCAAAUACCAAUCCUGCCUCUUUUGACACACGCACACUGUCGGAUCUCCUGCGUGCGUAUAUUGUGUAUGGGACAUGCAGUAUCGCCCCCCUCGUCGAUGCGGCACCAACAACAUUGAAUAUCUUGUUCGGUAUCCCUGGAGUGAGCAAGAUAGUCGAAAGUUUCGUGCGAGCUACUUUCUUCCAUCAGUUUGUCGGUGCAGAAACGGCCGAUGGUGCCCUACCAAUCUUUGCAUUACUCCGCGCAGAGAACAAAGGCAUUCUCUUCAGUUACGCUGUUGAAGUCGACGAGAAGGAGGUGGCGGGUCAGGCGAGCGUGGAAAGGCAACAUGUACACAAACGUAUCGUAAAGGAAAUGAUAAGGAGUAUUGACGUCUCCGCUGACUAUGAGGACGGAAGGGAUCUCCUACAGGGUGCACACUCAGGGAGGCGGACUUGGAUUUCUGUUAAGCUUACCGCCCUGCUUCCAAAUGCCCAAUCCUUGAUCAACCUAUCAACAUACCUCACACAUACUCGAGCACAGCUUGAACCGCCGGUACUCUUUCCAGGGACUCCUUCUCCAUCUGAUCUUUCUAUCCUGCAUUCUUCUAUACCUACAGGAGCACUAACGGAAUCUGAUAUCCACGACCUGAGAGAGCUAUAUAACGACCUUAUGCAGAUUUGCACACGUGCUGAAGAACGCGGAGUAAGAGUUUUCAUUGAUGCAGAACAUAGUUGGUACCAACCCGCCAUCGACGCAUUUGGACACGCAUUGAUGGAGCGAUUCAAUAAGCUCCCCUCCGGUGGCUCCCAGCGGACAUGGUGGGACAUCUCCUCGUGGAUAUCCUCUUCAUCUGCAAAAGAAGCUGCGCACAGCAGAGUGCAGCCUCUCGUGUAUGUGACCUAUCAAGCCUAUCUGCGGCGCACGCCCGCGCACCUCGCGCACUCCCUGGUGCAGGCCCGUGAGAGAGGCUAUGCUCUGGGAGUGAAACUUGUCCGGGGGGCUUAUCAUCCUCGCGAGCUUGCUGCCCAUCAACUGGCUCGUUCAGCAACCUCUCCAGCCCGAUCCUAUUCACCAAAACAUUCACAUUCGUUCUCCAUAUCUCCCGACCCUGAACCCCCUGUUCAAUCCUCGAAGGAUGCGACGGACCAGUGCUAUCACGACUGCGUGACCCUGUUGGUCGACGAAAUCUCUCGUGACAUUCACCGCUCCGGCCGAUCUAGUGCACCAGCCAUUGGUGUAUUUUUUGGUACGCAUAACUGGACCUCGUGCGAGUUCGUCCUUGAGGAACUUGUCAAGAAGGGUCUGGGAGUCGUCGAGCGUGUUGCUAUCGAUGAGGUGCAAGAGGGCGUGGUGCGGAUCCCGCCCGAGGUUGGAGAGAGGGUUGCAUUUGGGCAGCUGUAUGGGAUGUCAGAUGCGCUGACGAACCACCUCGUCGGGCGGAUGCGGUGUGAGGCCCCGUCUGUGAUCAAGUAUGUCCCAUACGGCGCUCUGGUGCAGGUCAUGCCCUACCUUUCUCGCCGGGCGAUUGAGAACAAGAGCAUCCUCGGAGCAGGUGGCGCCACAAGAGAGAGAAAGGAGGCUGCGGCUCUCAUUUGGAAGAGGGUGAAAGGGUUAGUUGGAUCAUAGAGCAUUGUUCAUUCAUCAUCAAGGGUUUAUUGAGCGAAACACGAAUUUCAAUGCAACAAAGGGCUCCAGACGCAGGAUUAUAAGUACUGGUAUGUAGACUCAGGUAACUACCCCAC